AUGCAAGCUCCAAAGACUGGAAAUACAAAAAAGGCAGAACCAUUCUCCUGGCUUUCAGUGGCAAAGCCAAAGACCAGUUGUGAUAUUAUCAAUGAAGCCAGAAGUGUUCUCCGAACAGUAAGAACUCGGAGACCAUUUACACCUACAGGCAAUCAAAGGAAACUUUUUGGAUCUGGAUCCUCAGGAGCUCCUCAAAACAGACCCCCUUCAGUGUUUAGUCUUCAUGCAUCCAGUUUUGAUUUGACUGAAUCAAGGCCAGUGUCUAGUGCUCGUCUUAGCCCACUGGAUCAUAAACCAAUGCUAAUCACUUCCACAAAAGAUGAAGAUUCUUCUGUUUUCCUUCCAAAACCUCCUGCUGAUGCUGCAGAGGUUGGAAGAGUCAGCAGCACUUGGGCAGGUUUAUUUAGAACAGCUUCUCUGGGGAAUUUAUUUUCUGCUAAAGUGGUUCCUCGAGAUCAGAAUGAAGAAAAGCUAGAUUCUGAAGAACCAGCUAUGAUGGUGAAUAGUCUUGGCAGUAGUAGUAACUGCUUAGCAGAGCAAAGGUCCUACACAUCAUUUAAUGAUGAAAGUAAACAAUUACUGCAUAAUAAGCAUAUCAGCAGAUCAGGGAGUGAAGACUUCACCAAAGGGACAGCAGGAAAAUGUUUAUUUCAACUGAGAGGAGAAAGAAGUGUCAACAGUGAUGGCAGAUUUGCUGAUGAAGAGCAACAGUUUCCCUGUGACCAGAUGAAAAACCCUGGCACAAAUUCGUCACAGCCAAGGAGUUCAGGCUGGAAGAGAAGAGUAACAGGCUUAGAGGAUGAAACAAGAAUAAAUGAAUGGGAAGAAGAGGAAGUCUUUUGGCAUGUAAAGAUUCUACCAAUUCUGCGUGAACUGGAAAAAAUAGAAGACAAUAUAGAAAAUCUUUGUCUGGCUUGUACCAAGCUCUAUCAAGCAUUGAAUGAAGGAAAUAUGCUUGGAAAAAGAUGUAAAAGAAGAAAUGUGCUUCUGAAGACAUUAUAUAAACUUGUAGACAUUGAUUCAGAUCCACUUUGCCUGAAGCUGGCAAAGAUUAUUCUGGCUAUGAAAGUGGAUGGAAAAAAUCUUCUGAGUGCUUGCAAACUAGCAUUUAAAAUUUGCAGGAAUGAAAAAAACGAUUGCAUCAUUCAAAAUGAUAGAUUGCUGGAUUGUUUGUUGGAGGUUCUGAGAACUGAAGAUCUACAAAAAAACAAUGAAGCUCUCCUGUAUUGCAUGGGAGCUGUAAAAUUCAUGUCUGGAAAUGCAGUACUCCUUAAUGAAAUGGUCAACAAAGGAGCUGUUGAAAUGUUGCUGCAGUUAAUGAAGCAGAUUAAUAACAUAAAAGAGAGUGACACAUAUUUCUCCAACUUGAGCCACUUUUUAGUCCAGCUGACAGCUACUUUGCGAAACUUGGCUGAUUUGCCUGCGGCAAGAUGCCAACUGGUUUGCAGUGGUGCAGUGUCUGAGCUCUGUGUGGCGCUGGAGCAGCGUGUGAGUGAGCAGGAUAUUUGCACCUACAUCGUCAGGAUCCUCAGCAAACUUUCUUCCUACGAUGACUUCUGUGCAGCUUUAGCAGACUGCUCCAGAUGUUAUGCCUUAUUUUUAGCCCUACUAAACAAACAUCAGAAGCAGCAGGAUUUGGUUAUCCGCAUCAUUUUCAUUCUGGGUAAUUUAACAGCAAAUAAUAACCAGGCCCAGGAGCAAUUGUUUAAAGAAAAAGAAAGUAUUAACACUUUGAUAUCAUUAUUCCAAACCUACUGUGAACUCGAUUUGAAUGCACAGACACGGGACCAUGAUAGAGAAGGAAAAGGAAAAAACCACCCAAAGCAUCCUUCAGAAGCAGAAGAUGUUCUGAUAAAACUGAUAAGAGUGCUGGCCAAUCUCUCCAUUCAUCCCAGCAUAGGAGCAGCUCUGGCAGCUGCCCAUCCUGUUGUAGAAUUACUUGUUACAGUACUAGAAUACAAGUCAGUCAGUGACUGUGAAGAGUUGGUCAUCAAUACUGUGACAACAAUCAACAAUUUGUCCUAUUACCAAGUGGAGGGUUCUGCAGUUCAAGACAGGAAGCUACACAUUGCUGAAAUGCUUUUAAAGCUGUUAAUGAGCGACAAUAUGGAUGGAGUUGUGGAGGCUGUCAGAGUCUUUGGCAAUCUUUCCAAGUACCAUGAGGUCUGUGACUUCAUCAUACAGAAAAAGAUAUACAGGUUCAUGAUUGUUUUGCUUGAUUCCAAGAACCAAGAUGUCUGUUUUGCUGCCUGUGGAGUUCUGCUCAAUCUCACGGUAGAUAAGAACAAGAGAGGUUUUCUGAUGGAAGGAGGAGGAAUUGGAAAGUUAGUUGAGUGUCUACAAGACUUUGGGCCAGCAGACUGGCCCCUGGCUGGUUUGAUAUGCAAAACCCUGUGGAACUACAGUGAAAACAUCACAAGUGCAGCCUCAUGCUUUGGAGAAGAUACCAACACGUUGCUGGUGCUGCUCACAUCACUUUUAGAUGAAAAGCUGGUGUUGGAUUGCAGCCUUGACAGAGAGGCAAGGGAUUGCCACAAACUGUACUGGGAAGGAGAGUUCAAACCCGUGGCAGAAAAACUUCUUGAUAGAGUUCAAAGCCAUCACUCCUUUCUUCCAGAUGGGCCUAUUACUCCAUCUUAA